GAAGAGGUGUGAUGAGAAAACGUCAUUCGCGCUGCAUUUUUUCUCCAUAACGCAGGACAUGGCCUCUUUGUCGAUGUACACAAGAUUUCCCUCACUAUCCCCCUUUUUGUUUCCUUGGUCGACUUCGUAUUAUAAAUCUGUGCUCGGUCGUAUCGAAAUGGUUUGGGUCGAUGAUGGAGUACUAGUUAAAGUGAGUAUGCCGAAGAGGAUUCGAAGCAGAUGAUCAUUUUGCUUUUCUUUCGGCAUCAUCUUCAAAAACGACUAGUGUAUACAUGCAUCCAUGUAAGCAGAGAACACGGAUGGCUCUGAAAGCGAGAUAAGUAGGUUUUUUUGAGAUCAAUAAAUACCGCUACGAACAAGAGACGACCGCAGACGCGCAGUCGGCCCAGGGCAAGGCUUAGAAGCACGAUAGUAUCCACGACGCUGUGAGGAUUUCCGAGGAAUAUUGGCUCGAAAAGUAGUUAGUAGCCACGGAAAAAUGGAGGGAGAUAAGGUAGUCAUUAUUGUUGACGCAAUUGUUGUUAGCCUUGGUUCAUGAUAGAAUCCAACGGCAAUACUUGAAGCAAGCAAGGGCACACUGACCAUUGCUUCCUGAAUUACCAACAUAUCUUUGUAUUUGUAUGCGGAACGUGCAUUGGUGAUCAUGUGAUAGUCCCCACAUUUUUGAACACGAACAACUAGCGCACAACCCACACCGUCCACCACACAGACGCAAGACCAGUUUGCCAUGGGCAAGCAGCAGAAGAUGCAGCUUCCCGGCUAUUUGAGUGGCCAUGCGGACAUGUACGACAGGCGGCUACAAAGCAAGUUCCACGAUAAGGAUUUGGAUUACAGUACCAAGAAACAGAAAACAGCUCUGAUGCACGAGCUCAAUGAGAUCAAGCCAACAAGUGCGUUUCCAGGGCCGACUCCAUCUAUGUUCGGCGGCAACAAGAUGAUAUAUAAUGUACUUCUACAGUUAUUUGCUUUUGUAACCAAAUGCUCUGUUGUAGACUCGUGAUGAAGGCGGGUUAGAAUCACCUGCAUGAUGUUUUUGUGGUCCACUUUUUGUGGCCUAUUUUGCAUUUUUGACAUCGUAAAAAUACAACAAACUAACCACAGCAACAAAUGAUGGGAAGCAAGCUGGGUUCGACCUAUCAGCUUCAAGCCGAUGAUGACGAAAGGGGUAGAGCGAACCUUCAUAAAAUCAUGGAAGGAAUUAGCAAACCCGCGAUACGAAGAAUGGCAAGACGCGGUGGUGUAAAACGAAUCUCAGGCAAGAUGCACUUCGAAGCUCGUAAUUACUACGUAUUUGUUACAACUCUAAUAUGAAAGUGCGGUAGCAAAGACGAACUGACAUCUAAAUCUUCGAGAGCGACAAAGCUACGAUAUAUUUUCUAGGAAUUCUUGUGCUGGCGUCCUAGCGAGGAGAAAUGAUCUCACUGUUACUAUUUGUCUCGUCACGACGACAACAAGACCCGAGCCUCUUGAACCUGGUAAAUUCAGGUCACGCCAUGGGGAAGUUUAUGACAAAAGUAUUGCGCGACUGCAUGGUCUAUAUGGCUCACGGCAAGAGAAAUACGGUUCGACCACGCGAUAUCGUAAACUCGUUGAAACGCCAUGGAAGAACAAUGUACUAGAUCCCCUAUCUCACUUUUCUAUCCUCGCUAGGUGAAGACAAAAUGCUAGAAACAAAAACUAGAGUUUACUCUGACGAUCGAUCAUGCCUGCCCGAAUCCGAGCAUCAGUUACAUCUAGAUUUUUCAGUCUUCAAGAGUAAUUGCGAACAGUCAUCAUUCUCUUGAGCGAAUUAUAAACCACCUCCCCCACAGUUAUGGUUACGGCAACUAAUCGGCGUAACCACAAUUUUGGCUGUGUGUGUUUUUUUGAGGGGGAAGGAUCCCGAAUUUUCAAUUUGAGCUAAAAUGCGAAGGAAAAUGCAGAGCUAUACUGGCAGCAACGGCUAUUGGAUCUCGACUGGCGCCGUGUGAGUAAACGCGGACCACUGGUGAAUACCAUCCGAACUUUCUUUCUCGCUGUGGUAAACGAAGAAUAACAACCGGAUAACUUCUUAGGGCUAGUCACGAUUUUGGUCUCGUGUUGUACGUGUAGUAGGAUGAUGAACUUUACAUGUUGGUAGUUCCUCGGGUGCCUCUGAUGGAUAAGAACGUGGCCAAUCGGUGUGUCUCUCAAGGCAGCGGUAAGAGGCGCACGUGCUGCAGGAGGACAGACAGGAAGAAAUGGCACCGGUGCAGAGGAAGAGGGGGAUUAUCGUUUUUGACGAGAAAGAAGGGAGAAGCAUUGAACGGAAGGCAAAUGAUUUCUCAUCACGAUGAUAGAACAACAACUACAGACAGACUGGAGCGGCCCCCUGUGUAGAGUACUUCUACUGGCCGACGCCGGUUUCGAACAUCUAAGAGGGCUGGCGCUGCCAUAUUUUCGUCACAGAACUCUCUUUCAUAGUACUCGACAAGUAACGGCUUUCAUUCCCGUUGCGCACUCUACCGAUACGCACAACUACAACGAAACCUCGCGAUCUGUCUCGAGGAGAACAGAUGAAAUUAACUUCACAAAACAACGCUAAUUUUUCUGGGUCACAAUUAUCAACAAAUACUGAGUCAAUCUCAUCCUAAGCAACGACAGUUUUUUGCCGAUGAGUGAGUCCACAUUGUUGCGAAAGCAAGUGCGAAUUUUCGAUUUUUUGGAUACUUCUUCGAACCCAUACCAGUAAGAUUUAAAACGUCUUCGCUACUCAAGAUGGCCAAUGAUUUACCAUUUAAUGCCAGUGUCCAGACAAAGACGCCCAUGGGGCUCUCUUCUUCAUGAAAAUGAGUAGGUAGAAACACCUGUUACAGUAGUUCUGAAUUUCUAGUUUGCGACUUCGAUAAAUUUGUAAGGGCAAAGAUCCACUCCCUAAAUUUGGUCAUGCUUAAAAGUUACGCUUACGCACUCACAAUAAACCCCAAACGAUACAGAUUCGAUACAUUGUUGGAAAUAGCGCUGUUCUUGAAGACCAGAUCUUUUUUUCAAAGGCGGAGAAAAGACGACGGCUCCGUGACCG